AGCUAUGGACCCUGAAAUACUUGGAAUGGUUGGGAUUGCUUCGCUUGUGUUUAAACACCUUGAGAAAUCGUCCGGAGGCAGAAUCAGUUACCAUUUGAAAAGGAAAGGUUCAGAGCAAUACCUUCCCAGUGGACAGAAUUAGUGGACAAUAUUACUCCUACCCAUGAAAUGCCCUGCAAUGCACCAAGGAAGGAAACAACCCAAUCUAACACCACCUUUCUGGAGAAUGCUGACCGUGAGAAGGAUGAGACUAGUUUUUGAAAUGUUACAAAUUUUAUUAUGAGGCUCAGGAAAGCAAGCCAUUUAACAAGGAAGCUCAUGUAAGAUUGUUGCACCUUUGGUUUUAUCGUAAUGUUGCUCGUGGGAUGUGAGCACAUCGGAACUUUCCUCUAUUAAAAAGAUAUUUGUCCUCCCAUGUAUUCUGUUUCCACCCGAUGGCAUGUGUGGAUUGGAGGCAAAUACGGCGAACUGCAUCCCUUGAGUAACUCUGGCAUCCUACGGCAUUUCUUUAAGAAGAAGAAGAAGUGGUUUGAUAACAACAAUGCUGCAAAUGUCUCUCUCCUCUGCCUUUCAGGGGAUAUCGGAUUGGAUGGAACCUUUCUUUUCUGGUGGAUGCAUACGUAUUUACAAGUACGACAGCGUUGGCGAGGGUAAGAUGAAGUUGGAGUGGAAGGGAUGAAACCCCCUUGAGGUAAAAUACCUUUGCAGGUAGGAGCUCAAGCCAACUUAUUACUUGGAGCAACUUAUUCAAGCAAGACUUCAACUUUUUAGUUAACCAACAUCCAACAUUAUGCUGCAUUGCAUUGUCUGGUUUAGUAAAGAGGAGAGCAAGUUCGAGCUCACUUGCUUCCCCAAUUCCUCGUUAAUAUUAAUAAAAAAUCCAACUCGGACUUGAAUUCGUCGUGUUAAUUAAAUAAAACCACUCAAACUUACUUUGCAGCUAUUUCGUUUAACCAAAUUAUUUAACCUUUCGGACUGAGUGUUUCAGACUGAUUUUGAGAUUCAUAGUGUCAAUCGAACGAAAUAUGUGAGCACAAAAUCCUGCCCAAGAAUACGGAUCGCGAAUGGCAUCAUUGCCCUGUGUGGCUCUUAUUUAAAUGGGAUUCCUGCAACAAAAUCAAUCACACACGAGAGCAAUAAGCGAAAACAGGAUUGCAGCAUCAUCGCAAAAAAUUGUCAUGUUUCACUAACUCGUACAGAUCAGAUUAGUACAAAAAAUUGCAGAUAAGAUAAAUUAAAUUAAAGAGUGUGCAAAGUGAAGGCGUGUUGUGGUUUCGUGUUUACUUUAUCUACAAGAAAUUUUCACGGAAUUUGCCAUUUAAUUGUGAGAUUUCACGGUUGGUUUGCGGGAUGGAACCAAAACCAGAAAGGUGCAAUUUACACGUUGGUCGGUAGUCGUGAAGUGUAAUUUGAUGGAACUACAAGAAUGUGCAACAAGUGGAAAAUCGAGUGGUGCAUAAAUCGAAGGUCUCGGUCCCACAGUUAGAGCAUGGUAGGCUCCAAUGUUUGUGCUUGCUCGACAUUGUGGUGUGUGUGAAUCAUUUCCUUUUCUAAAGCCACAACGGUUCUACUAGUUUCUGCAAAUCUCAAGUUUCCUCAGCCACACACAUUUUUGAGAUGAUGAGAUUGAGAGAUGUUAUUGCAAUGAUGCGAAAUUGAGACAAAUCCAUCCACACACUGCACGACACACAAAAAUAAAAUAUCCAAACUGGGGAUGCAAGAUGUUGACGACCAUGGAGUCUUCAUCGUCCCCAACGAUCCACGACCUCCAACGAUCCACGACCAACACACCACAACAACACCACAUCCACUUUUACUCCAACUCUAAUGGCGAAGAUCAACAUCAUCAAAAGAGUUUCUCCAACAGCUUAGUUAGCAAUCACAGUCAGCUCAGUUAUCUCAACAAUAAUGGGCACGUUGGUGGAGUUAAGAGAUCAACGCCACGAUUGUACACUCCCACAAACUUCUCUGGUGGAGGUGGUGCGCAAAGAAACCGGAGUCAAACUCAGUCACCUAGCACCCUUUCCUCUGGGGACGGGGCGUCCAAUCGAGUACUCAUGGAGAACGGCUUAAUGGUGACCAUGCCCUCGCCCCCAGGUCACCUGUCACUCGAUCACCACCACGUGUUGCAUUGUGUUGGUGACGAUAACAUGAUGAUGAUGAUGAACUCUAGUGGCUCCCACUCGAUUACUCCCCCAAAUUCCAAUUCGAAUACAACAAUCAGUUGUGGAAGUGGGAAUAGUACAAGUGCAAAUAUUGGGGUUCCUCACACAACCCCCAAAUCCACGCUUAAUCACAACAAUAAUAAUCACAUACAACGACAGACUGAUUUAGAGAACUUACGAAAUAAUAGGACAAGUCCAAGACCCAAAGCAAAGAAGUGUAUUUUGGAAGAGGACGAUGAUAACAAUGUUGAGAAAUGUGUGCAAAAGUCAGGAGCACGAAGUUGGGUGGUGCCCAAUCAGGAAUUUCUCCCCAUUUGUGAUGCAAUGUUCAACAUUAUAUCACUAGCAGCAUAUUUUUGUGAUAUUGUGUUUGACGUGCUGACUGCUUACACUUGGUACCGAAUGAGCCAAGAUGAGACUGACGACCUUCUCCUACUCGACCCACAAGAAGCCGCAGACCAUCAGAGUAAAUCACGUGCAAUGUGCCAAUGGUCCCUUGUCGCCUUAUCGUUCAUCACUUUGGCGGCCUUGCUCAGCCAAGGCUUGUCCUUCAAGUGGUACAAGGAGAGUGUGAAAAGAGGGCAGAUUGGACCAGAUGGGAUGGAUUUGGAGGGUCCUCCCACACAGUGCUCGACAGGUGCUCUGGUCGUCAUGCACGUCUCGCUAUGUGGCGUGCUGUGGAGAUACUUUAAGCUUUUUAUCCCGGUGGAUCUUCGAUUUGUGAAAAACGAAGUGAGAGAUUUGUGCCUUCUUCGACUGGUGCACGCGUUUUGUGAAGCCGUUCCUAUGCUUCUAAUCCAGUUGUACCUCAUCUGGGGAAGUUCGGGACCGCAGGAAGUGUCAGACUUUACGAUUGUCUCCACGUCCCUCUCGCUCUUCAGUGUUUGCUGGGCCCUGGCCUCCUUUAGCAAAAACAUACGCAAACAAAACGUCCACAAAUUAGUCCUCACGUGGUUGGGGGUAAUUUUUCAAUUUUUCUGGCACUUGGGAACCAUAAUCUCCAGAGUUGUAGCACUUUCCCUCUACGCCUCAGUGUAUCAAUUUUGGAUAUUCCUUGUCCUCGCCCUCCACUGGAUCUGCAUGCUCCUGUGGCUCAUAUCGCCAAAGAAUCUCUACAAUGGAGAAAAAAUCUCAACUUUCCGCAAAAUGCUGUACUCCACACUCCUCGCCGUCGUCUACACGUUUUGCUACGUCAACGUCCAAGAGAGCAAUUCACGACAGACGGUGAUAAUUUAUUACGUGACAAUGAUUUUGGAGAACACCCUUCUGCUCUCCGUAUGGCUAAUCGCAAAAAGAUAUGAAGACGAAAUUUGGUACAAAAAUCAAGUGAUUUCAGCAGUGUUUCUCUGUUUUGGGGGAGGAAUAUUAUUUAUGGUUCUCUACUAUCGCUACUUUCACCUGAAGCGCCUGAGUUAUGUGUAUGACACUGAGAGUUCAAUUUACCGAAGCAGUUCCGUUUUGAACGGGGGUUCCUCCGUAAAUAUCAGCGGAGCAAUUUAUCCUCCGCCCAGUUUGAAAGGGAAACAACGACGAGAGCCAUCUACAGUAACCGAACUGCCAAACCAGAACAGCAAUAAAAACAUGGCCAACAAUAUAAAUUCUGCAAAAGAGCUGAAUGGAGGGACCAUUAAUGGCUUGGGAAUGAUAAUUUCCAACGGAGGCCCCAAUUCUCACCAUCAAAACAACAGUGAUAAUAACAUUAUUGGCACGAGUGCGAAGGAGAAAAAGACUCCCGAGAGAUACCACAAGCGGAACGGGUCUACGCAUCAUGAUAAAGGGCUCAAGUCAGAUAAGAGCAGUGUUGGGGGUGCGAGAGGUGGCGUGUACAAUAAAAUAAAUGGGCAUCACAUCCACCAUCAAAAUGUUCCAGCAGGAGUUUUCAACUGCCGAUUUCAUCCAGCCAUGAAGAGAAAGAAGAAAAAGCCGUCUUCAUUCGUGCCACCGCCCGCCGUUCAGCAGGCUGCAUCUCCAACUAAUAACAACAACAGAACUUGUCCAGACGAUGAUGAAGAGGAAGAUGAAACUUUUUCGAACCAACGUGGCCAAAGGACAAGUCCCAGCUGCCUAACUCCCCAACAACUCCACUCCACUCCAGGCAGUGGCAGUGGCAGUGGCAGGAGAACAAUAAGUCACCAUUCCGACUUUCAUGACUUUGGUGGAUUAAUGGACACUGCUGAGCGUCAACUCCACUCGUCAGGAUUGACCUCUAAUAACAAUAAUAAACUUCCAAUAGUUUUCCCAGGGGGACGGAUGUCACAUCCAUUUUGGAAACGUCCACUCUCCGUCGCAAUGGGGAGUGAGAACGAGGGCAGCGUCGGGAGUCGGGUAGACAUCCAGCAGAAACUGCAAGAAAAGAAGCAGCAGCAGUUGGCCGAGUUGAAGGAGAUUCAGGAGGAAAUCAAACAGGGGAAAUUAAAAAGACCACAAUUUAAUGAAAUUCCACAACCUGUCAAACCUCAAGUCUGUCAGCCCAUCCCGGUUGAAAAGAAGAAGCCAAUUAACCAACCCUGGUUUCGAACACACAAUCAACAGCAGGACGAUUCCGUGAUGGGCGACCCACCACCACCAUUCAUCAUCUAUCCCAGACCACCGUUCAUGGUUCCUGGCUCGACAAAUGCCACUGUAACAACCUCCGAUCCCAACGCCAACGAAGUCAUUUUGGAUCCACAGUAUCUCGUGUAUGCGUCUCCAACCUUGGAGGGUUCUGAGUGCGGCUAUUAUGAAAAUCCUGACUGGCCCAUCCACAGCUAUGAAGACCCGGAACCAAUGUACCAAAAUGACGACCUUCAUCACGAUCAGUCCAGUGGUGGUGGUGGUUGCGGAGCUGGAAUUCAGCGGCGGAGACGCAACGCCAAGAAUCGAGUUUCAAAGGAGAGCAUUUACAAAUCCGUUCGAAUGCAUUCGGACAUUGACAGUCAAAUGUCGCUUCCCCGAUCGUACACACUCCCUCGAGAAUUCAAAUACAAGAGAAAGUACCGGAAACCCAUCAAGAACGAACAAUUCCUCCCAUCAACCAAUUCCAGUGAUGGUGAUGUAGACUCUGGGGAAGAUGAUCCUGAAAUUUAUGGCUCGUUGGGCCCUCUCCCCCUCCCAUCCAUCCACCAUGUUGUUCUCAACGGCAGCAACGAUGUAGUGCCCAUUGUAACCAGCUCGUCGUCAGCUCCACAGCCCAGUAAGAAAUCGCAUCCCAUGAGUCGCCGACAAAACAAGUUGCAUGAAACUAAAUUAUAAGAACCUUACGAGUAACUUACGUGGUGGCGUUGUGAGAGUGGUUGUGUGAUGAUUCACAUUUUAGCAUCGUAUGCAUCUAAUCAAGUCCACCCACAAGAAUUUGCAAAUUGCUUGUAGAACAACGGUGCAGCACAAGCUCAGCUAUUAACAUCCUCUUUUAGCAGCCAUGCACCAUUUAAUUAUGGCGAGAACGAUAAUUUGUUUGGUAGAACUGACCAUCAAUUUAAAUGGAUUAGAUCCACCACCACCCAAAAAGUGUAAUACUCAAAACAACAUGAAAAUGAACGAAAAUAGAUUCAUAAUCGUAAUGGUUUCGUUUGUUGCCCAUGUUAAUCCAUGGUUGUUUAUGCAUAGAACUCAAUUUUGUAUCGGAUGGUAUCCUAGCUUUAUGUAUUAAUUCUGAUCUCUGUACAUUACGUUGUUUACAUACAGACACACAAUUAAGUCAUUUCGAGUUUAAUUUACACAUGUACGUGUCCAUGUGGCUAUAGCUUAAUACACACUCAAGUAAGUACAUACAUUUGUAAUUACAGAAGUCGAAAACCAGGAUUUUAUUGUUCAAAGCGCUAUUUACUUAAUUAUAAAUAAUCGCAAUCAUUAUAAUGACUGUAAUUAAUGACAGGGGUCGAGCUUAAAGUAUUUAUUGAAUGUAUUGAUUGGGAUUGAACUGCAUCUGUAAAGUGUUCCUUAAUUGUUAGUUUAAAGCCAAAGAAUAGUGAUGUUUGAUUAUUUACGUGCACAUUUUUUUCCAAGACUCGUAUUCACGACGACCCAUGCACGACUAUAGAUUAGAUAAGCGUUCGAAGCCUAAUAAGUUAUCGACUUGGUGUAAUCAUAUCAUGAGCUGCGUGUCCAGCAGUUUGGGUUGUAAAGAGGGAGGGAGAAAAGCGUAAAUAAUUGUGUGCCAUAAAGAUGUGAUUUUUUCAUAUGUACGGACAAGCUCUCUUUCACCCACAAUACAACAAAAGCUCAUUUCCAUCGCCCAAAAAGAUAAUAUUUAAUUUCCCGUCUCAAGAUAUUCAACUCUUCUCAUCCUCUUGCAAGAUGAACAAAACCUGUUUUCGCGACAACUUGUUAUUAGUAUUAACUAACUGCCUUUUAUGCUUUAUGAGUAUUAAUUCUCACUUCAGUUUUCAUAUCUCCGUCUCCGUGUCUCCUCUUUCUUGGCAUCCAAACAAAUUGCCUUUUUACACUAAUCUUGGUAGUCCUCGUCUCACCAAAUCUGCUUCGUUCGUAUCAAAUAUAUUUUACGUGUAUUUUUUUUUACUUUUGUCAAGAAAUGUGACAUUCAUCUGUGUCUCUUUUUGAAAUAUAUCGACUUAAAUCUCAUAUAUCGCAUUGUCAGAUUAUGAAAAAAUAAAAUGCAAAUUUUGACCACAAGAA